AUGAAUGCAAACCAACCAAAGAAAAAGGAAUUUAAACCAGUCAUUAUCUUCCAUAAUGGAUAUGAUUCAAUCAAUAACCAAGAAUACGCAAUACGCGUAAAAGAAAUGUUAUCAACAAAUUGCCGGUGGUGGUUGUCAAGCACAAAAACAUUUGUGGAUGAAAAACAACAAAAUAGUUACAAUCCACAAUCAUUGCCUUCGCCGCCUAGAUCUGAUUCGAUGGAUCAAUCACCAGAAAGUCCUCCCGCUUCAAAGCCAUUGAAACGAAAAAGAGGCAAUCUUCCCAAACAGACAACAGCGCUCCUGAAGAGCUGGCUAGCCGACCACAAAAAGCAUCCUUAUCCAACCGAGGAUCAAAAAUUAUAUUUAGUGCGUGAGACUGGCCUAACUCUCCAACAAAUUUCAAAUUGGUUUAUAAACGCGCGAAGAAGACAUUUGCCACUUUUACUAGAAAAUGAUUUCGCCAAUGGUCAACCAAUGAGAAAUAGUCAUGGAUAUCCACCAUAUGCUGAGAUACCAUCGGAUCAUUCAG